CACGAGAAUCACGAUGCUGUUUGCUAUAUAUGGCGAUGGCAUGUAGAUGCAGACCAGUGAAUCGAUGGACUCGGUUGUGGCUUUGUUCGUCCUCGCCAUCGGCUUGAUCACCCUGUCACUUCUCAUCGGGAGAGUCGGGAGAGUCGGGAGAGUUCAAUCGUUGCAGCAGCGGCUCCCUCCAGGUCCAUUCUCUUUCCCCAUUUUUGGAGCGCUCUUCUCCCUUAAGGAGCCACUUCAUCACCACUUUGCGUUGAUCAGCAAAAAGUAUGGGCCGAUUGUCUUCCUCAAGAUCGGAAUGGCCCCGUUCGUGGUGGUGAACGACAACGAAAUGGCAGCACAGGUUCUUAAGGUCCACGACCUCGAGUUUGUAAGCCGGCCGGACGACGAGUACUUCCGAAUCGUCAGCCAGGAUUGGAACGAUCUCGUCUUGGCGCCCAUCGGUGAUAAGUGGAGGACUAUGAGGAGGAUUUGCAGCACACACCUGUUUAGCAACAAUAUGCUCAAGGCAAGCGCAGGAUUCCGGGAGUCGGAGAUGAAGCAUACAGUCAAGUCCAUUCUCCAGCAAUCUGGGACAACGAUCAAGCUGCAUGAGGUUUUGAGCAAGCUCUUGUCAAAUUCGCUAUGCCUGGUGCUUUUUAGCGAGCGGGGGCUGAAAGUGGUGGAUCUCAUCCAAAACAUAGCUGCUCUAAGCUUGAACGUGAACAUCGGAACCCUGCUUCCGGCACUUGACGGGCUGGAUCUUCAUGGUGUCUACAAGAAGCUCAACACGGAGCUCGUACCUCGCCUUAAGCUCUUGCUGGAAGAUCAAAUUGACAAACACCGGCGCAAGAAAGAUGAAGCUGGGGACAGGUUCGUCCCUCAAGACUUCACCGACGUUCUUAUAUCUCUGGAGGACAAAGAUAAGUUGCCAGACAUCUCCAUUUUGGCACUACUCUGGGACAUGGUUGUUGCGGGGCUAGAAACUUCACUAGCGACGCUCGAGUGGACGAUGGCGGAGCUCAUAAACCAUCCCCGAGUCAUGUCCAAGGCUCAAGAGGAGAUUGACAGCGUUGUAGGGAGAGCUCGCGCGCUGCAAGAAUCAGAUCUUCCAAGCCUUCCAUACAUCGAAGCCAUUGUCAAGGAAUCACUGCGUCUCCACCCGGCGGCCCCAUUGGGAAUUCCUCACAUUAAUCCCAAUCCCGUCAAGCUGGGCGGCUACACCAUCCCUGGCGGCUGCAAGGUUCUCGUCAACAUAUGGGCCAUUGGACGCGAUCCCGCUCGCUGGUCCAACCCACUAGCGUUCCAGCCGGAACGCUUUCUCGGCUCCUCCAUAUCUGUGAACGGGCAGAACUUUGAUUUUCUUCCAUUUUCAUCUGGGAGGAGAGUUUGUCCUGGCUAUCCACUGGCCAUGAGAUCGAUCCUGUUUUUCGUGGCCAGUUUGCUCCAGGCAUUUGAUUGGAAUGCUGCUAACCCGGCUGGGAUCGACAUGGAAGAGCGUACUAGAAGUAUGACAACAAAGCUCAAGGCUGACUUGCUUGUAAAUGCGUCCAUCAGGGUCGAUCAAAAUAUAAUAUAAGCAUUGAAGACCGCCUUGGCGCCUA